CACUUUUCAAGGAGCAUUCAUUAUUAUAUAACAGUUUUUGUUUGCGCUUUUCACGAUUCGCUUCGCUCACUAUCUGUUUCUCCGAAUCUCUCUCUCUCUCUCUUCGACAAUGGCGAUUCGAACUGCGAUGUCGAGUCGAAUUCUGAAGAAUUCGCCGAUCGCAGCGUUUGGAGCUCGAUCUAUGUCCUCUUCGUUGUGGCGAACAGUUGAGCCAGCUCCCAAAGACCCCAUUCUCGGUGUCACUGAAGCUUUUCUCGCAGAUCCGAGUCCUAGCAAAGUCAAUGUCGGAGUGGGUGCGUAUCGUGACGACAACGGGAAGCCGGUGGUACUCGAGUGUGUCAGAGAAGCAGAGGGGAGGAUCGCAGGAAAUUUGAACAUGGAAUAUCUUCCCAUGGGAGGGAGUAUGAAGAUGGUCGACGAAACACUGAAGUUGGCUUAUGGGGAGGAUUCUGAUUUGAUUAAAGAUAAGCGUAUUGCAGCGGUGCAAGCUCUUUCUGGGACAGGUGCAUGCCGACUUUUUGCAGACUUUCAGAAACGUUUUUCCCCUGAUUCUCAAAUCUACAUUCCCGUCCCUACCUGGUCCAAUCAUCAUAACAUCUGGAGAGAUGCCCAUGUCCCUCAAAGGACAUUCCAUUAUUAUCAUCCAGAGUCAAGAGGGUUGGAUUUUGCUGCAAUGAUGGACGACAUUAAGAAUGCUCCAAAUGGUUCUUUCUUUCUGCUUCACGCUUGUGCUCAUAAUCCUACUGGAGUUGAUCCUUCAGAGGAACAGUGGAGAGAGAUUUCUUACCAGAUGAAGGUCAAGGGUCAUUUUGCAUUCUUUGACAUGGCAUAUCAAGGUUUUGCUAGUGGUGAUCCAGAAAGGGAUGCAAAAUCUAUUAGGAUUUUUCUUGAGGAUGGCCACUUAAUUGGAUGUGCCCAAUCAUAUGCAAAAAAUAUGGGACUCUAUGGCCAGAGAGUUGGAUGCCUCAGUGUGGUCUGUGAAGAUGAAAAACAAGCAGUAGCUGUGAAAAGUCAGUUGCAGCAGCUUGCCAGGCCCAUGUACAGUAAUCCACCUGUUCAUGGCGCACUCAUCGUUUCAACUAUACUAGGUGAUCCAGACUUGAAGAAGUUGUGGCUCAAGGAAGUUAAGGGUAUGGCUGAUCGAAUCAUUGGGAUGCGAAAAGCUCUACAAGAGAACCUUUAAAAUGGAGUCUCCCCGUAAGGAUUAAUACAAUUGA